GCUCCGCGCAUGCUCCGCGCCCGCCCCUCCCCGCGCUCUGCCCGUUCCCAGCGGCGGCGGCAGCGGGGCAAGGAUGAAGGACCGGACCGGGGAGCUGCGCGCUGCAAAGGACAGUGAUGAUGAUGAUGAAGUCACCGUCAGCGUGGACCGGGAUCGUUUCAUGGAUGAGUUCUUUGAGCAGGUGGAAGAAAUUCGAGGCUUCAUUGAUAAAAUUUCGGAGAAUGUGGAGGAAGUGAAAAGGAAGCACAGCGCCAUUCUCGCUUCACCCAACCCUGAUGAAAAAACGAAAGAGGAGCUGGAGGAGCUGAUGUCUGACAUCAAGAAGACGGCGAACAAAGUGCGCUCCAAACUAAAGAGCAUUGAGCAGAGUAUCGAACAAGAGGAGGGACUGAACAGAUCAUCAGCUGACCUGCGGAUAAGGAAAACUCAGCACUCCACGCUGUCCCGCAAGUUCGUGGAGGUGAUGUCCGAGUACAACGCCACGCAGACUGACUACCGGGAGCGCUGCAAGGGCAGGAUCCAGAGGCAGCUGGAGAUCACUGGCAGGACCACCACCAGUGAGGAGCUGGAGGACAUGCUGGAGAGCGGCAACCCGGCCAUCUUCUCCUCUGGGAUCAUCAUGGAUUCAAAUAUCACCAAGCAGGCACUGAAUGAGAUUGAGACACGGCACAGUGAGAUCAUCAAACUGGAGAACAGCAUCCGAGAGCUGCACGACAUGUUCAUGGACAUGGCCAUGCUGGUGGAGAGCCAGGGAGAAAUGAUUGACCGCAUCGAGUACAACGUGGAGCACUCGGUGGAUUACGUGGAGCGCGCCGUGUCCGACACCAAGAAAGCGGUGAAGUACCAGAGCAAAGCCAGACGGAAGAAGAUCAUGAUCAUAAUCUGCUGUGUGAUCCUGGGCAUCGUCAUCGCCUCCACCUUCGGUGGCAUUUUCGGCUAGACUCACCCCACAGGACUGUUUGUGUGCGAUGGAUGGAGCCGCGCGUGCCAUGGGGCUGCAGCCACACCGGAGCAACCCACGCAGCCCCGGAGCCUCCCAGCAGCAUUUCAGUUUCUAAUGCAUGGUUGUUUGUGACGCUGUGUGUGCGGUGCGGUGCGUCUGUGUGGAGGGAGCUCCAGCCCCGGGGCGCAGGGGGGGCAGGCGAUGGUGAUGGGCGCAAGGGGGACCCUGGGGGGGAACCCAAGCUCUCAUCACUGCUCCAGGCUGGGUGGCUGGCUGGGACCAGGUGGGGACAGAAGUGCCCUUGGGCACUGCUGCUCAUCCUGGCAUGGACAGUCUGUGUUAGUGACAGCUGAGGAGGGACUGAUGAUGGCUGUUAGGGAUCCUUGGGUGGCCAGUCAGCCUCCCCAGCUUGCCCAUCACCUCAAACUCUCAUGUCUGUCAGCCGCAUCUGUGCUUGCAAACACCUUCCCUUGGGCUGCUUCUCUUCAGGGCCCUUCCCCAGGGGUGCGCUCUACCCAGCCCUGCCUGGCCAGUGACUGUCUGGGGCUCCAUCCCUGCCACUCCUCCAGUGGCAGGGCUGUCCCCUCCCCACAUGAGCCCUCACCCCAGUAGGGUGCCAAAGGCUGGAGGUGCCACUGCAGGUGGUGGCUGCCUGAUGGAGCAGUGUGGAAUAAGGAGUUGCUGCUUGGGGCCAUCACAAUUGCCUGGGGACAGGAAUAGGGCACGUCAGGGCCAGUGCUGCUCCUGGCUGCUGGCCUCACAGGGCAGGAUGGCAAGGCUAGUCUAAGGCCAGUGAAUUUCACUGGCUGCCCAUCCUGCACCACAGCCUCAUCACAGUGCUCUCAGCCCUGGCACGUGGUGGUCCUGGCUCCUCUUGCCCACAGGCCUGGACUCUGCCUGCUGGGGUUUGGGACUGUUGCUGAUGUCCACAGCCCCUGGCAGCACUCACUUCCAAGCAGGGCUGCUCCAGCCUUGCUUUUUCAUACCCAGGGCUGGGGGUUAGAAGCAGUUGGGCUUUCUCCUGUUGUGGUCCCAGGAACAGCCCUUGCUGUAUCCAGCCCCCUGCAGGCAGCCUUCCUCUUCCUGUAUCCAGUCGGGCUCUGAACAGGCCAGUGCCUCACUGCCUGUUUGCCACCUCCUGGCACCCUGCUGCUCCUGGCACUGUGCCCUCCUGCCCAGCCAUCCAGUGAGGCACCUGCUCUCAGUGGGGUGCUGUGGGACAACCUGGGUGCCCUGUGCCCUCUGUCAUGCCCAUGGCAGAUGCAGCUGCUGUGAGGUCCAAACCCAGUGGCAGCUCGGGAGGGUCCAGUACUGCCAUUGCCUGUUUCCCUCAGGCUGGGGACAGGGCUCUGCCCUCACCUUCCUCCAGAGACCCCAGGGCUCUGGCUGGCCUGUGCACAUGCCAAAGUACCACAGAGGUGUCCCAAAGUAGGCUAGGCUCACUGCCACACUGGGACAGGGGCUGGCUGGCUGGUGCUGGUAGCAGAAAAGAGACACUUGAUGGCAGCCACUAUUCCAGCCCUGGGCAGCAUCACCUCCCAGCUCUGACUGGGUGCUGUGGCUCAGGUGCUGGCUGUGUGUGGUGCCCCUGGGUGCUGGGCAAAGGCAGUGGCUGCAGCCAUAGAAUGCUGCCCCCAGGGCCAGUCCUGCCCAGCAGCAGCCCUGACACAACUUCUUGUCUGCCACUGUUACCCGAGGUCCCCCCUGGAGCCCCUUGUUGCAUGCAGCUGCCCUUGGGAAGUAGGUCCAGCCUGGUUCCCCACACUGCCCAGUCCAAACCCCUCAGGGUGCAGCCAUGGGAACAUCCCAGACCACAGCCCCCUUCUUUCACAACCCAUGUGAGCUCCAGCACUGCAGCCUGCCUGCACUGAAGGGCUUGGGGCACCAGGACCAUGCAGGCAAGGGUAGGAGGCAGGCAAGGGCAGGGUCUCUGCUCCGGGGGGAGGUGUCUGGCUGCAGGAAAAGGGAGUGGCCAUGCUCCUGUCCGCCAGCAGCUCCCUGCCACUGCCGUCCAUGCUUACUCUGCCAGGCCAGCAAGAGCCCCAGGGCCCCUCCAGGAAGCAAUAACACUGGGCAGGGAAACCCUCCUCCCAGGCUCCUGCCCUUCAGCCAUGCUCCUGCCCUGCAGCCAUGCCCACUGCUAGCACAAGGUGACUAUUUUUUCUUCCAGGCAGCAGCUUUAGUGGCACAAGCUCACCUGACAUCAGGGCUGUGGCACCUCUGUCAAGGCACAAGGCCAAGAACUGCACCGGGGGGGAUUCUUGGCCCUUGCUCCUUGUUGGCACCACCACUGCCAGCAGCCCCCACAGCAGCAGGAGUUGGAUGGGGCCAGUCAGGGCCACUGGCACUUUGCUGGGAGCCUGUGGGCAGCAGCAGUGCUGGGCUCCAAAGCAAGGGAGAUGAGGAGCAGGCUGCCACUGCUGCCCCACAGGCAGGCUCACACUGUCCUCGCUGUGAGGGGAGGGUGUUUUGGUGCAAUAAUUACCCCUGCACUACGGGAAGCCCCAUUGAGUUCCUUUUUACCUACCUGUUGUUGCAUGUACAGACCAAAUCACCAAGUGUGGUUGUGCUUUGGGAAGAUGUUUCACCUUUUCUUUCCAGCCCCCAACCUGCACCCGCUUGUCCUUUGGGUUCCACCACCUCUGUUCCAAGUGCCACCCGCCCUCCCCAUGCCGGGAGCGUGUUGAUGCAGUAUUCCAUGAGCAGUGUGGGGCACGCACAGCUUGCACUCGAACUGGGGAUUGUUUUGGGGGUUUUUUGGUUCUUUUUGGUUUUGUUUUGGUUUUUUUUUUUUUUGUAAUUAAUGUACUUGAAGGCUUUCCAAGCCCCCCGUGGAGUUCUACUGUUGCUGUACUGUGAGCUAAGUGUCCUUGUUUUCUAUGUGGAUCUUGACCCUGGCUUGCUCUGUCUCACUGGGCUGGAUGACACUGUAUGUUGCCUCUCUUCUCCUUUCCUCUUUCCCUCCCUGCUAGCAUUCCUUUCUUCUCCCAAGGCUUUGGGUGCAAAACAGCUUCCCAUUUUGUGGAAUUUUUAUGUAGAAUAAACAUUUGUAACUGUAAA